AUGUUGUUCGCAUGGUCUUGCCUGACUCCAACAAACAGACAAGACGCUACACUUCGAUAUACCGGCUUUCUCUUCAUUUCGCACAUUGUGCAGAAAUUUACGAUAAACAGGAAGAUUGUGCUGCAGGUGUUCCAAGCGCUGUGCGGUUCAUUUCAAUACGACAGUCGCGAACUCGUGCGACGUGCAGCCGAUGUGGUCACAGCAGCGAUGCCAAUCCGAAUGGAUGACGGCCACCAUCAGAUGUUCAUCAAUGUGAAGCGGGUUCUUUGCGAGGAAGCUCACAGCCUGCAGCAUAUUCAACACAUAGUGAGCAUGGUUGUCCGCAAUUACCGAUCCUACUUCUCGUGUCGUCACGCUCUCUUUAAACCACUCAUGAACGCUGUUCGUCGUGUCAUAAGCACUCCGAAUUCUGCAAUGGAUGGGGUGAUGACUCGAAAAUUGGCGUUGGAUAUGUGCGAGAUGGUAAUUAAGUGGGAGUUGCUGCGUUUGCAAAAGGUUGAACAGUUGACGCAAGGCCUUCCAUCACACGAUGAUGAGUUUGAGUCAUUACUGAAUGACCAGGAGGCAUCGCGACCGGCAGCUCCACAGUCAAGCGGCAUUCCAACAAGCAGUGCAGGUGGUGAUUUUGACGACCAGUUGUACAAACAAAUGUCAAAAGAAUGUGUAGAUGAAGUAGUAGCCAUGCUCCUGAAGUUUGCUAUCCAGCCCACAACUGGGGUGCAGCCGCACCAGUUGCAUCAAGCGACGGUCGAGAACGGGAAGCGAAGUAUAGGCCUAAUGAAGCAGUGCCUCAAGUCCGCUGUUUGGGGAGAUAUUGUGACUAUCAAAGUCGGAUGGCUUGAGAAAGAGCUAACGGUACCACCAGAGUCCUUGGUACGGCAGGAAAAUCAGGCACAGUUCGCCCAAUCAAUAUCGCAGUCUCAGCAAGCGCUCGAAGUGGUGAUCAACUUGGUAACAAUCAUGUUGGUUCGUCUUGUCAAUAUGCUCGUCUCAAAAUUGUUCGAAAAGUCUAACUGUUCGAUGACUGGAAUGUACGAAUUCGAGAUCCUGAAUCAAUUUAUAUCGAAGUACUUGAACGACCAUUUUAAUUCCUAUGUGAAGUGA